AGUUUGCUUUGGUGUAAACAAAAAUAUAGAGUUGGUUUGUGGACUGAGAUUUGAGGGUAUUUUUUUCAACUUUUCACCGCUUAGUCUUUCUUGGCCUCCAUACUUUUCUUUUUGUUUGAUUUUUAUUUGUAGUUUUGAAUUUUUUUUCUCAAAGGAUUCAUCUUGAUCCUGAUUCACCAAAUACCAGAAACAUGAGUUUUAGUCUAAAGCAAUCCGCUUUAGCUGCAUGCAAUGAUGUUUCAAAUUCAGUUCUUCAGCGAAGAUCACUUUCUUGCAGAUCUUCAAUUUUACCUCCUUUGGUUUUCCAAAACAAUUCGAAAAGAACAAAUCUUUCACUGUCAAAGCCUUUGCAUGUUUCCGCUGUUGAGAUUAUUGGGAAGGAUAAAGAACCCGUGAUCAAGUGCAGGGCUUAUGAAGCUGAUAAGUCCCAGCCUAUUGAGGCUGCAGCUGAGGAAGUGAAAUCAGAAGCUGCAAAAAGGGUGAAAAUUGGGAUUUAUUUUGCAACUUGGUGGGCUUUAAAUGUUGUUUUCAAUAUUUAUAACAAGAAGGUUUUGAAUGCUUACCCUUACCCUUGGUUGACUUCAACUUUGUCCCUUGCCUGUGGUUCUUUGAUGAUGUUGAUUUCAUGGGCUACAAGGAUUGCUGAGGCGCCUAAAACAGAUUUUGAGUUUUGGAAGACUUUGUUUCCGGUUGCUGUGGCACAUACCAUUGGACAUGUAGCAGCAACUGUGAGUAUGUCUAAGGUUGCAGUUUCAUUCACUCACAUAAUCAAGAGUGGUGAGCCAGCUUUCAGUGUCCUGGUUUCUAGUCUCUUGCUUGGAGAGAGCUUCCCUCCUGCGGUUUACCUCUCCCUUGUUCCCAUCAUUGGUGGUUGCGCUCUUGCUGCCGUAACUGAACUCAACUUUAAUAUGACCGGUUUUAUGGGAGCUAUGAUAUCGAACUUGGCAUUUGUCUUCCGUAACAUAUUCUCCAAGAAGGGCAUGAAAGGAAACUCCGUUAGUGGGAUGAACUACUAUGCUUGUCUAUCUAUGUUGUCUCUUGUAAUACUCACACCUUUCGCGAUUGCUGUAGAAGGACCGCAGAUGUGGGCAGCAGGAUGGGAAAAGGCCUUAUCCCAAAUUGGACCACAGUUCAUCUGGUGGGUGGCGGCCCAAAGUAUUUUCUAUCAUCUCUACAAUCAAGUCUCGUACAUGUCCCUCGAUCAGAUCUCUCCCUUGACAUUUAGCAUCGGCAACACCAUGAAACGUAUAUCUGUUAUAGUCUCAUCCAUCAUCAUCUUCCACACGCCUGUCCAACCUGUCAAUGCUGUCGGAGCUGCCAUUGCUAUCCUUGGAACCUUCUUGUAUUCUCAGGCAAAGGCAUGAGAAAACUGUGGGGGGCUUCAAAUUUCAAAACAUCGUGUAUAACUAUGUGGAAGCUCGGAUUAGUUACUGGCUUUCGGGAUCGAUGAUUGCUGGAUUUUGGUGUUACCAGCUUGUCGUAUUGUAGAUAUCUAUAAUAAGGGGGGUGAUUAUAAAUAAUGUCAUACAGUGGAUUAGGCAUGUUUCUUUUUAAUCAAUAUAGUUGCUGUGGGUCCGUUUUGAAUAAACAGGGGCUUAAUGUUGUGAGCCCUUUUUUAUGUCAGCAAGACAUGAACAAGAGCUAAGGACAAUGUAUUUCUUGAUUAAAAUGAUGGUGUUAUUUUUAACUA